CUUUUCACUGUUCGCUCCUUGGAUUUGAUCACUGACUACCUUCUUUAUGAGCUUUUCGAAUUAGUUGAUCUUGACUGGGUUCAUUCUAAUCUCAAUAUACAUUCUUCGUCUUCCUCGGAUCCUUUAACAUCUACAUCUUUAAAGGAUGAACAAACGAAAAAAUUCUCUGUUACCAACGAAGCAGGAUUGAUAGUUUCUACGCCACUUGUUACCGGGAUGCCUGCGCAACGCAUUGCAGCUUCAAAGCUGGCAUCUUUAGAGUCGCCCAAUAUUUUGAUAAAUUCUGAUAAUAAUGAACAAUCUGGUACAAAUAUAGAUUCUAUUCCAAUUAGAAAGCUGGAUUCUUGCCAGACCUUUUGCCCAAUAUUGCAUCUAUUUCCCAGAUUUGUCCGCACUAUAGAGUCAGUUGAUCCUAACGUUUCAGGGAUUUCUGGAGUUAACUUCGUAGCCCAUUCUGAGACGUUACCGUCUCUCACAGCAUGUGAAUCGAGUAGAUUAGAUGGAGAAAGCAAAGUCAGUCCGGUUCGUGGCGAAGUACUACCAGCCAGUGCUGUACUACAAUAUCUCCUGGAUGAGGCCUUGAAGCCAUUGUUCAGGCCCGAAGAACUGAUGGAAAUCUCUAAUAUGACUGUACCACAGUUCUCAGCCCACAUCAAUAACCUGCGGGGGACUUUGGCAACACUUCCUGGCAAAGUGAGUAGCAACUAUUUACUUUCAAUUUACACAGAAAUAUAA